AUGAAUGAACCCGAAAUAAGUGUUUAUAGUGAUGAGCAAUUGGGUAAAAUACGACAGGAAUUUGAUAGACUUGAAGGAAUGUGCUACCUGGAUCAUGCAGGAUCCACCCUGUAUUCAGAGCAUCAAUUAGAAAACACAUUCAAAGACUUAUCAUGCAGUAUUUAUAGCAAUCCUCAUGCACGAAGCACAUCUAGCCAAGCAACGCAGGAUUCAUUAGACAUCAUUAGAUAUCAAAUUUUAAGCUUUUUUCACACAAACCCUGAUGAAUACUCAGUAAUCUUUACAUCCGGAGCUACACAAGCCUUGAAAAUCAUCAGUGAAACAUUCAAUUUUGAUGGUGGUACUCUUGUCUAUCUUGAGGACAACCACACUUCAGUGCUCGGAAUGAGACAUUUUGCUGACUUUAAAAAAAUCAAAACAGAAGAAGCUUAUAGAAUUUUUGAAAAAUACCAUGAAGAAUAUAAAGAAGAUGAAAGUACGAAAUACCCUCUUCAAUGGCUAAAUGAGAUUAAGAAAGGUUGUCUUAACGAAUUAAUCGAUAAAAAACAUCAAUGGUACACAGUGCUAGACGCUGCGUGUUACGUUUCAACAAACAACCUGGAUUUAUCCAAAUACAGACCUGAUUUUGUCCCUAUAUCUUUUUAUAAGAUUUUCGGGUAUCCUACGGGAUUAGGAGCACUUUUGGUAAAGAAAAACGCGGAAAACCUGUUGGAAAAAACGUAUUUUGGUGGGGGUACCGUUUUGAUGGCUUUGUCAACGGAAAAUGUGAUGAUUCCCAGGCCUAAUAUUUACGAAAGAUUUGAAGAUGGUACACUAAAUUUUUUAUCAAUUCUUUCUUUAAAACAUGGAUUCGAUACACUAAAACGUCUAGAUCUCAAUCCAAAUCUUAUUUCAAAGCAUACAUUUGCUCUAGCCAAGCAUGUUUACAACACCAUGACUUCUAUGAAGCAUUACAACGGUUCAACAGUCGCUGUAUUGUAUCAUGACAGCGAGUUUCAAGACAGAAAUGUACAGGGUGGAAUAGUAAAUUUUAAUUUGAAAAGGCCUGAUGGAAAAUAUGUUGGAUAUGCAGAAGUACUCCACAUGGCAAAUUUGCACAACAUUCAGCUCAGAACUGGAUGUUUUUGUAACCCUGGAGCUUGUCAAAGGUUCUUAAAUUUGUCUUCUGCAGAUGUACGCAGACAUUUUGAGUCCAUUAUCAUUAAAACUUUCACUUUCACGUUUGGUGACAACUUUGCCCUUUCCAGCCAGUCCCCCUCUCAUUCCCUCGCCUCCCCCCUGUUGCCUCACGCCGAAGGAGGAGGAAAAGGAGGACUGGGAGGUGUGAGGAGGAGGACGUGUGUAAGAAAGUUUCGCGCUUAG